CCGUCGCGUGUCUUACACCUUCCGAUGAUGAGGAGCGACUAAGACCGAAGGGACUAGAAUCACUGCCUUAUUGCCCGUCUCCCUCCGCGGCAGGACAUGGACUUCCUGCUGGACACCUGUGGACGGCGGAGGUGUCUACUGGUGGUGAUGCAGCUGUUUGUGUUGAAGGCAGCAGCCAAUUGUCCCCAACCUGAGGUACGUGAACCUAUAGUUUUGACAAAUGAGGCCCUUCUCAUGAAUGAGUUCCCAGAAGGCUCGACGGCCACUGUGGAGUGUGUUCACGGAUUCGUUAUAGACUCUGGCUCCGGGGUCGUAAGCUGCACUGGUGGGAAAUGGACUGAACUAGAUCUCAGGUGUAAAAAGAAGGACUGCGGUACCCCCAGACCUCAGCCUCACUUGAUUUACGACCUCAGUGCUGGAACUCUGUUUGGGGCUGAAAUAGAAGUCAGAUGUGAAAAAGGAUUCCAGAUCAGUGGAUCGAGCUACAAAACGUGCUACGCUACAGGCUGGAGGGGAAGUGCCAAGUGUGAAAUUGCAACGUGUCUGCACCCUGCUGCAGUGGCCAAUGGCACAAGCCUGUGGGUGUCUCAAGACGAACCUGAAUAUGGAGAAAUCAUAGAGUUUGCCUGUGAUGAAGGAUUCACUCUCGUUGGUAGCAAGAGCAUCAUGUGCAGUGAUAGUGGGAGGUACUCUCCUGGACCUCCUGAAUGCAAAGGUGCGACAACAGAAGAUACAAUAUCACCAAGUCCUGCGCCUACAGCCCAAGUGUCCACUUCCACAGAUUCAUCGACAAUAUCCACAGCUCACAGAGAUAAAAGUAUAGCAACCAGUGCUACAGCAACAGUCUCACCUACAGCACAAGGUGGAAGAGACACUUUGACAGAAGAAGCUUCUACAACCAGAGCUUCAUCAACAACGUCGUCAUUUAGAGACAAACACGACGGGGAUGUGAAUACUUACACGGAUACUGGAUACACGCCAGUUGUCGUCUCUGUCGUAUGCGUUUCAAUAGUUGUAACUAUGCUUGUGUUCGUUUUACACAAGUUUCUACAGAGGAAAAAAGGCUCAUAUGACACCAGAGAAGACCUGAAGCCGGAGUUAUUACAGUUCCAAAAUCUUUAGAUUGCCCUUCUCACUCAGCUCCUUCACUGGAACCGUCCCUAUCUGAUAGAGAACAUCUGUUACCGGGGGACGGACGUGCCAGCAGACUGCGCCUCUCCGAGUCGAAAGGGAAAAACUGUUCAUAUUAUUGCACUUCGGAGGACAGGGGAUCAGCUCUGCCCUCUGCUUUUUUUAAAUAUGUAUAUUUUCGAUUUACCCAUUAAUUUUUAACAAAAAAAUGUAAAUAUUUUUCCCACUACUGUUUUGUACUUCAUUUAUAUAUAUAUAAAAAAAAAAUGGAGUAAAGUUUUCCUUUGUAUUUAAAAAUAUGUAUUUUGGCUUUUGUGGAAGCUUGAGUCCGUGGGUUUCUGUUAUUAAUGUGAUGCUUUGUCAGAGCAGAGCCUUGAACAAGGUGAUUCAAGAGGCCACAAUGUGCUUAAUUCAAUUUGUCGAGCGCAGGGGCGACCGAUAAAGAUACAAUCGGCAGCAUUCUUCGCCUCCUGACUUUCUUUCCAUCAUUGUGUAUUGUUCUGUGGCUCUUUUUACCGCGCUGUGCUAAAAUAAUGGGAAACCUUGUUUCAUGAGAAAGUGAUUCAACUGAUAUCAAUGGAACUGCACUGACCUCAGCACAAUAUUAACUGAGGAGGAGUUAAUCAAGUAAAAGUUUGUAAAACCAUU